CUCAGACCGCAGACGGUCAAAGCCAGCAGAGAUGUUUUGUACUUGGCAGUGCAAAGCCUUCCUGCAGCCAAUCAUGCUGAUGACGCUUCUAUUUUUAAUUUACGUUUUGGAAGAUCUUAUCCGGACAACCACCAAUUACAUAUGUACGAGGAAAAUGAACGAUUCUGGAUUUGGGGCGAACAACCAGCUCAAGUCCAACCUGUUCGGGAAGUGUCUUUCAGAGACUAUGGACUGGAUCACUCAAACAAAUGGCAUUACAGGGGCAAUUACGCUUCUUACUACUCAACGGACGAGAUAAUGCACCGAGACUUAAUCCAGUCGUCGAACAGGGCGGAAAUGAUAUUCAAAAAUGAUUCCUUGUACGGCCAUCACGGCGGUACGAGCUCGCCAUGCAAUUUCUUCACAAAUGUCGGCCGAAAUGGGGUUCUUCCACAAGGGUUCGAUCAGUUCUUAGAGACUGUUAACUCUGAGAAGCCCAACCCUGACGACUCAAAACAAAAGACACACUCCAGUCUCCCCGGAGAUGCUGCGUGUAAUAAACAGACUUCAGAUAGGCCUACAUCUGAGGAGUCUAUACGAGACCCAACUGAGGACAUAGACGAAGAUGAUUAUUCGAUAUCAAACUGCGCUGGGGACAAGAACAACGGCCCAAGUUCUUCAAAGUCCAGAAAAAAGAGAUGCCCCUACUCCAAAUACCAGAUCCGAGAACUUGAACGAGAAUUCUUUUUCAAUGUGUACAUAAACAAGGAGAAGCGGCUCCAGUUGUCAAGGAUGUUAAACCUGACAGAUCGACAGGUGAAGAUUUGGUUCCAGAACAGAAGAAUGAAAGAGAAAAAGCUCAACCGGGACCGGCUUCAGUAUUUCACUGGGAAUCCCUUAUUCUGAACCCUACGCAUUUGGAGUCAAUAGUUGCUAAAUGCUUCACAACAGAUUGAAUAAAGAGUUUUUUGGGAGACAUCUCAUAAUCUAUCAAAACAACAGAAGGUGAAACACCUCUCACAGCAUAAUGAACAUUGCAAACAGGCUGGAUCUAUCUAUGCAAGGCUCUUGGCAUCUGUCACAUAAAUACUUACCUCAAUGAACACAUGAAUCCUGUUAUUUAAAAUAAGAUUCAAUCUAGUGAAGAAAUCCUCCAGGAGACCUCGUCAUAAUGUCCAUUUGUAUAUCAUUAUACUAAUUAAUUAUAAUCUCUAGGCUAUGCAUAUCUUUUUUAUUUAUUUAAGUUUACAUGGUGGCGUUUGGUGGAUUCUAAAAUAUUGCAGUAAGCAACGCGUACUUUGAGUAGAUUAAUCAGUCAAGUAGACUACAAUAAGUAAUUUAUAAUAGUAGAAUUAUGUAUGCAUUUAGUAGAAGCAUGUGAUGUAUAUUGUGGUUAUGUGAUAUCAAAAUAAAGGACACAUGGCAAAUGUAGUUAUGCGUUACCUCGUGUAAUUGCAAUCACAACGAACUAAUUUCGUAUAACUUUGGUCAGGAUCCACAUUUGGCAUAGAAAAACAGUUAUGCAUAAUUUCAUACAAUUCAACAAGGUUUUUCAGACUCUACUAUAGACUCUACUAAUCUGAUAUAUUUGUAAAUUACCAAUUGCACUGGCACUAGGUAGUUAUAUCAGUAGGCCACAGGACUAUACAGUGAAUUUCCUGUUAUUAUGGCCAAGCAGUAGCGCCUCUUACUUGCUUCAACUUCAAAGUUUAGACUAGACCUUUUAUUCCCUUUAUUUUGUCUUACACUUAGGCGGUUUUCUAAACCUUGAACCGUCUAGACAGUAUACUAAAAACUAGCUGUAAAUGUCUAAAUUGGGGGCUAUUGGACCCUCUGGCCACUCCAAAUGCGGCCCUACCCCAAAAUAGUCUAGAAGAAUGCAGUAGGCUACUGUUUACUUGUCAGGCUAUUGAAUUUAAAGGAACGCAAAAUGUACACGAUCAAAACGAUCUAUAACUUUAUAUAAGCAUUUAUAGUAUAUAUUUUUCAUAUUUAACUUCAAUUGGCAAGACCAUAAAAGCGAAGAAAACCCAUACGUACAAGGCCUAUGAUUUGAUUUGGCAGCUUUAAAAAAGUGGUUUAUUUAGUAUAAUUGUUUUAAUUAUUUGUAUCAAAUAGUCUAUUAAUUGAAUUAAUAAAUGUUCUUCCCUGCCUUUGAAUUUCCCGUAUAACUUCAAUGUCGUCACCUAUCACUUAUUUAUUAAUAACUAGGCUAUUGGCGCCUUUUGGCUGAUGUCUUGAAAAACGACGCCUCCUGAAUGAUAUCUGCAUUGCAGUAGGAUUCCAAUAUGGCUGCGAAGCAGUGAGUUUUCCUGUAUGAAAAGUAAGCAGAUACAGGGAUACAGUUUCUUGUUUGAAGUUGAUAACUGUCUUCUACAUACUAACCAAUUAAGAUGUUGCAUUACAUUUAGCCUAAUGCAAUAUUCAUGAAAUCAUCCGCAAUCUUCUGAUGUGGUAGCAUUACGCACGACUUCUACAGUCUUACAAGAGUAUAAUAUAGUUUAGCUUAAGUAACAACACUGAAACCAAAAAUAUGUGUCAUAAUCAAGGGUUUAAUUCGAAUCCACGGAUAGGUCCCUCGUGUGUUAGAAUUUAACAAAGUAAGGCAGUGCACUGCAGUGUACUAAAAGUGAACCAGUCGACCAGUGUGUCAUCCUAAAUAAGCCUAAAUAUUUCUGUGACCAGUGAUUUUUUUCACUUUUAGCAUCGCGCAAUGAUUUUCUUUCCGCUGAAAAAUGUAGGCCCAGGUGGUCUAAUAGGCAUGCCAUGUUGGACAUGUUAGUAUAUCUGAUCAUUCGAAUUGUACUCCUAGCUGUAGGAAAUAAGUCGCAAACACACACAUAUCAGUCAGUCUUUUGAUUUAACAUUUUUAUUGGGUUUUUGGUUCAAGAAAUAGGCCUAGUUGGGGAAGAAACAUUUGUGCAGACAAAUGUGCAGGACUGCUCGUUCCUAUUCUAACCACACGAGGGCAGACGUGUAGCAAGUUUCGGUCAGAGUUUGUGCAUGAAAACACACAUAGGUUGAAUUACAGCUGUGGUCUGGAAUAUUAUUGAAAGGCUUGUAAAUGUUCUUGUUUGUGGUUUGGUGAUAGAAUAUAGCAUACGUUCGGUGAUCUGGCUGUCUUUUUUUUUAUUUGACUUCCUUCUGGUAAACGUAGCUUAAUUCAAAUAAAAUAAAAACACAAUAGCCCAAGCAGACUUUGUUUCGUUCAUGCAUUCCAUGCAUUGCAAUCAAGGGGUCAAUAUCACUGUUCCUAACGCCACCAUUUUAAAGUGGAUUAAACAGUAGCCUUAACUAUGUGGAUUUGUAUAUCAUAGGCCUAUAGAAGACACCAAGUCCAACUUGACCCUG